AUUAAUUUUAUGCUUAAUGGCCGUUUAGCCAUCAUUGAGAUCGAGCAUUGGAUUCAUUCUAAAUUUUUUUAAUUGUCUCUAAUACCUCAGCCGCAAUUAGCAAGCAUGGAUUGGGGUAACUGGGCAAAAUAUCCUAAGGGAUACGAUCGUGCCAUCCACGGUCCAUUUGACCCAGCUAAAUACUACGGAAAAGUUGACAUACCGUUCGGUCAAGUGAAACUUGCAGAACUGCCUUCGUGGUUUGGUCGUCGUAACAUUGGUCCAGUGGCAAUUUCUCAGGCAAUCGGCAGAGCUUACUGGCGUUGGCAACACAAGUAUGUAAUUCCAAAAUAUUGUGGAGUAGCUCCAUUUUUCCAAGUUACAUGCGCCUCUAUAAUAUUCUUUUACAUCAUAAAUUAUCCAAGAUUAAAGCACCAUGCUAACUACAAGUACCAUUAAACAAUUACCAGCGGCUGUACAAGUAGAAAUGAAUAUUAAGUAAAUAUUUCAAUGUUCUAAAAAAAAAAAUGUAAUAAAAAGUAAUACCGAGAUAAAAACAUAUAUUAAACAAUUAAA